UGGAGGACUUUUACUUUCAGGUGUCACAGUGAGCCCAGUGCUGGAUCUACAGAAGAGAAUCAUUGGAGGUCAACCAUGUGAGCGUCAGUACCACGUCAAACUGAGAGUUACUGCCGGUAAAUCUUCGAAAUUGUGUGGUGGCUCUCUGAUCAGUGACCGGUGGAUUUUAACUGCAGCUCACUGUUUGACGCCAGGAAAUAUGUUCGCAGAUUUAAGAGUGCAUCCAGGGGGUCCGGCGCAAGAAGUGCAAAUCACAGCAGAACCUGUGAUCUAUACAGACAACAGGAAGAGGUCUCAUGAUAUCAUGCUGCUGCAGCUACCUAGCCCCUCUAACAUUCCACCUAUAGCUCUUCCUGACGGUAACUGUCGUCCGGAAAUGUUUGAGAUUGCAGGUCACGCAGCCACUACUGGAGGCCCUAAUAAUGAAAGGAAACCCGGUGUAUCGCCUACUCUCCACUGUGCAGACAUUCACGUUGUCAACUGUACAGACCUCAAAAAUACUUUGCAGAAAGAUUUCCGAAAGGUUUACCAAGUCAAGGUGUAUCAACACUGGUUCUGUGGCCAAACACCUAAAAUGGAUAUAUGUUAUGGAGAUUCUGGUGGAGGAGUGGUGUACAAAAACAAGAUUUAUGGUGUCAUUUCUUUUCUGGGGGACCCUGGCCAUGUGUGUAGGAAAGCAGCUGCAUUCAUGGACCUCUGCAAUCCAAAAUACGCCGCAUGGAUCAAAAAACUAUUACCUGAGGAAAAUGGGGGACGCCCACUCAGAUCCUCCAACCUCGGUCUUUCAUCCAUCCCUCGCUCCAACUACAAGACCAAAGGUGAUCGUGCCUUUGCCGUUUUAGCUCCAACCCUCUAG